AGCGCCGCUGGAGGCAUCAAAUUUUGCACGCCCAGGAGACGCAACGGUGAUGUGGGACACAUCCCGCAACGGGCGAUGCAACAACCCCAACGUUAUAUACCGUCUGUAUCUGAUCUAUAUGGCACGGACGAGAUAGAACUGCUGCUGGACGAGAUACGUGAGCUGGAGCUGGAGCCGGUCUGCUGUCAGCUGGACGAUGAGCAGGACUUUGAAAUAGCUGGCAGCAGGGCCGGCGAGCUCUCGCUAUCCCUUGAAUCGCCAUUGGGCACAUGCACCUCAUGGGAUUCCCAUGCCAACUACAAACAGCAACAACAAACGCCGCUGCCAUGGGGCGUUGCCCUACACUGUGAUCCGCAACACUUGAAAACGCCUACAGGGAUUGUGCGCAUACUAUUGGUGUUAUCCUCGGCCGUCUGCCUGGCCUGCGAAUGCUCCGCGGGCACAGUCCAGGUUGGCCUCUUUCUACUGCCACUCAUCGGACGCCUGAGGCUGAUGGUCUUCUGUGCGCUCUUCUCGCUACUCAUCACAUGCCUCAUGAUCUUUCUCGAUAUAUCGCAUAUAGCGCUAAUGUUCCCAUUCAACUGGACGAAAGUGAAUACGUGGAUGUACCUGAGCAUUGGUUUAAUAUUUAUUUUGAGCUCCACGCUCCUCGUCCACAUGGUGCUGUAUGCGACUGAGUACACAUGGGUAUCCAAGCACUCCAGGGACACGCUCCUAGCGACAGGCCUGAUUGGCUAUAUAUGCGCCUUGGAGGCGCUACUGCUGUCGGGCAUCGCCUCGUGGCCCUGGUCGCAGUAUCGACAGGUGCCCGACGAUGCCAGCGAGCUGUUCAUCGAGGAUCGCGAGAUGACGCCGAUGAGUCCCAUUAAUAGCACCGAUCUGCAGUUGCAGCCUGAGUCGAAUCACAGCCUGGCGCAGUAUCAGCACAGCAGCCAAACCAACGGCAAUGCAACGGCGGCCGAUGCAUAUAACCAACAACAAUCGUCCUAUAAUCAAAAGCCUUAUAUACCUGCCAAACGACCCAAUGAGCUGAACCAGCGUCCAACAUUGGGUCACACACAAACCGCACGCAUUAAACCGAAUCAGCGUUAUCGCGAGGGCUAUCAUUACCAACCGGUUGCGUCAACGUCCCGCCAGAGUCCCACAUUCGUCGUAGGCGAUGAUCUGGGUGCCGGUCCAUCCACGUCCCGUUCCAAUGAUAAUUCUAGUGCGUGAUACUUUUUAUUCCUCAACAACAACAACAGCAACAAAAAGAACAAAAGCAACAAGAAAAUGAAAUUUAUAUGAUGAUAGUAAAACCACAACUAAAAAACUCACAUUUUUGUCCACUAUAAAUGUCAGCGAUAGAUAAAAAGUUGAGGUUGCAUUUUGGAUCGCAGAAACAAAACAAAUUGUUGAUUAGUUUAAAAACAAAAAAAAAAACAAAAACAAAAUACAACAAAGCAAAACGUAAAGUUGGAAAACGAAAACAAAAACCGCAAGCAACAACAAUAAUUAAUUUAAUAUCUGUGUGUGUGUGUAUAAAAAAAAAAACAA